UCUUAUUACUUCGUUUUAGAUCCAAAAUCCAAAUAUAAUUUUUGAGUUUAGAUCUCUCGCUUCCAUUAUCGAAUACCAAAAGGAAAAAAUGGCAGAUAACAACGGUGGCAACAACAAGAACAACAAUAAAGAGGAAACGAGCCCUCUUUUGAGCAAACAAGUUGUUGGAGAAGAUGAGAAUAAGAAACAAAAUGUUAACAAAUCAAAGGAGGCGACCGUCGAGGUGGCAGCUCCGCCGGAGGUUGGUACCGGGGCUGGGUUUGGGUGGACCGCCGAUGGGCUGCCGAUGGUCCACGGGAGUGUUGUCGGAGAACCAAUGGGCCGGUACCAGUGGGAUUCUCCCCUCCUUGCUUGUCUUGGCCGUAACGAUGAGUUUUGCAGCAGUGACAUUGAAGUUUGUCUACUCGGAAGCGUGGCCCCUUGUGUGCUGUAUGGAAGCAAUGUUGAAAGACUCGGAUCUGCACCAGGGACCUUUGCAAAUCACUGCUUGCCUUACUCUGGUCUUUACCUGAUUGGAAAUUCCCUUUUUGGCUGGAAUUGUCUUGCUCCAUGGUUUUCAUACCCUAACCGAACCGCAGUUCGUCGCAAGUUUAAUCUCGAGGCAAGUAAAUCUUAUGUUUUAUUUUCCUUUGCCUUUUCAGGUUAUGGACAUCGUUUUAACUAGCUCAUUAAGCAUAUA